AUGGACGCGCUGGCCUGGCUGCUGCCCCCGCUCCUGAUGCUCUGCGCGCAGCAGCACCGCGGCGCCAGAGCAAUGAAUGAUAUUGGGGACUAUGUUGGUUCCAAUCUGGAGAUAUCCUGGCUUCCCAACCUGGAUGGCUUGAUAGAGGGCUAUGCGCGCAACUUCCGGCCUGGCAUUGGAGGGCCUCCUGUGAACGUGGCCCUCGCCAUCGAGGUGGCCAGCAUCGACCACAUCUCAGAGGUGAACAUGGAAUACACCAUGACCGUGUUCCUGCACCAGAGCUGGCGGGACAGCAGGCUGGCCUACAACCACACCAACGAGACCCUGGGCCUGGACAGCCGCUUCGUGGACAAGCUGUGGCUCCCAGACACCUUCAUUGUGAAUGCCAAGUCCGCCUGGUUCCACGACGUGACUGUGGAGAACAAGCUUAUCCGGCUGCAGCCUGACGGGGUGAUCCUGUACAGCAUCCGAAUCACCUCCACGGUGGCCUGCGACAUGGACCUGGCCAAGUACCCCAUGGACGAGCAAGAGUGCAUGCUGCAUCUGGAGAGCUAUGGCUACUCAUCCGAGGACAUCGUGUACUACUGGUCUGAGAACCAGGAGCAGAUCCACGGGCUGAACAAGCUGCAGCUGGCCCAGUUCACCAUCACCAGCUACCACUUUGCCACGGAGCUCAUGAACUUCAAAUCGGCUGGUCAGUUCCCUCGGCUCAGCCUGCAUUUCCACCUCCGGAGGAAUCGGGGCGUCUACAUCAUCCAGUCCUACAUGCCCUCCAUCCUCCUAGUUGCCAUGUCCUGGGUCUCCUUCUGGAUCAGCCAGGCAGCGGUGCCCGCCAGGGUGUCUCUAGGCAUUACCACGGUGCUGACCAUGACCACGCUGAUGGUGAGUGCCCGCUCUUCCCUCCCGCGGGCCUCGGCCAUCAAGGCGCUGGACGUGUACUUCUGGAUCUGCUACGUCUUCGUGUUUGCUGCGUUGGUGGAGUAUGCCUUUGCCCACUUCAAUGCUGACUACCGGAAGAAGCAAAAGGCCAAGGUCAAGGCCACAGAGCAGAGAACAGAGAUGGACGUGAAGAAUGCCAUUGUGCUCUUCUCCCUGUCGGCCGCUGGCGUCACCCAGGAGUUGGCAGUGUCCCGCCGGCCCUGCCGCACGCCUGGGAACCUCAUGGGCACCUACAGGUGUGUGGAGAUGGAGACGGGGGAGGCCAAGAAGCGGGGCGGGCGCCGCUCGGGGGGCCAGGGAGGCCUCCGUGGGCUUUUCAAGCCCAUCGACGCAGACACCAUCGACAUCUACGCCCGCGCAGUGUUCCCUGCUGCCUUCGUGGUGGUCAAUGUCGUCUACUGGGCAGCCUACACCAUGUGAGGCUGCAGGUACCUAUCCUGGAUAGGCUGCUUCACCUAUCCUGGAGCCCACGGCCACCGGGCGAAAGGCUCUCGGGUGGAUCUGCCCCCUCUGCCUGUUUCGAAGGGGGCGUGACAACAGGCCGCGUGAAACAAGAGGAAAGCCUCGGCCUCCCUAAGUACCCCCGGCGCUGUCCCCACCAUCACCUGGAAGACCACCCGGGGCUCUCCCACGCACCUCUCCUGCAGACCCCCGGCCCAGCUCCCCCUUAGCGGCAGGGCCCACCUGACCCAAGGCUGAGCCAGGCAGGCUCGUGGCCUCUGGGAAGCUAUGCAUUUGACUCACAAAACAAUCCUGAUUCUAGGCACUUGCUCCGUGGGCUUGGGACCGGGUCACGGGAGGAGGCUGGGAGUGGGCGGUGCUACUUUCUUGGUAAAGCGGUGGAGAAGGGCGUCCACGGGCCUUUGGUCCCAGCAUGAAAUAAAACAAAGCGUUUGGCUGCUG